AGUCGAGGAGGGAGUGAAUGGUUAAGGUGUGCUUAAAUAUGUUUUGAGCGGAAAUGAGAUGAGAACCUAGUUAUAAAACUUCAUGUAUUGUGGAUUUAUGAAAUAGACGUGAAGUACAUUCUUGCUGAACAGCAGUCAGUGGCAGUUCCAGCAAACACUGGAGUACGCAAGCAAGCAUUUCACUAUUUAGUGGAAGGCUGGACAUAUUUAAACAUCUGUACCAUUCACUUUUAUCAAUCUGAAAUAUUGUUUUCUACUUGAAAGGAAGACACCCUUUCGCCUUCUGACUCACUGCAUUAUACACAUGAACAUGUACUGCAUAGACUGGUGCACUAACCCAGAUGUUUCUUGGCUCCCUCCCUAAAGAUUAAAAACAGGAUUGAGGUGAUGAGAUUCGUGGUGCUGCACGGCCAUCUCUGGGAUGACCUGUACAUCGGCUUCCAGAACCGCAUAAGCAGAGACCCGGACAUCUACCACCACAAGUUCUGGAACCACUUCCAGAUAGAGCUACCAGUUCGGCGGCCAGACUGGGACCAGUUCCUGCAGCAGCAGACUUCCAUCCAGGAGCCUGACACACCAACAGAGGAGUCAAACAUAUGGAGCUACUGUUUGGUGUUAUGAAAUGCGUCACAGUAGUGUGUGAAGAAUCCAUUUUAACUCAUUUGACAACCUUCAUGCCAGCCAGAUAACGUUUAUUUAGAUUAAAUUUUAGAUUAAUUGUAAUCUUGCUUAGUGUUACCUUACAACAAUAAGUGAGAUCCAAUGGCUGCUUGCAACAGCUAAAGCUGAAGUUAAAAAGGACACUUGUAUGGUCCAUUCAGCACAACAGUUAACAAAACUCCAAAACUUGUACACCUUGUUCACCUUCUAUAUUAGUGUAAAAUCUGGGCAUCAAUAAAAUCCGCUGUCUUUCUGGCUACAGUAUUCGUAGCAUCGUGGCAAUCUCAGACCUUUGAUGAUUGCAUUAACUAUUGUAAGGAUGUCUCACACAAUUGCUACUACUACUAAUACUUCUAUGUACAAUACUACUUCUUCUACUAUAAUGCUUUAUUUGGUUGGAAGUUAUGGUGCAGGGCCCAUAUUAAUCAGGUGAAAGAGUUUUACUGUGUGCUUCUGAUAGACAUUUUUGUAACAUUGAAAUAAAUAUUUGUAUAUGUAUUUGAUAUAAUCCAAAAAGUGUACUUAAUACAGUCAAGCAAAGAAGCCCAUUUGUCAGUGAGUGUAAGAAUAAAAUUAUGAAUUUAAUAUAGAAUCACUGUAUACUGUUAUUCAAUACUUCAAUACUUAGUUGUGUAUUCAUCAUUACUCAAUUAUCAUUAAUAAUCAAUGGCUACACUGUCAAAUAAUUCCUUAUGGAGUACGUAACAGCUUGGCCAAAGCUUGUCAGUAUGUGACCACAGAACAUGUGAAUUUUGUAGGUUGGUCAAGGUGACCUAAUGGGAUGUCAGUACAGUUGACCACUACAGCCUGUUCUACACUGUAAACAUCUCCUGUUGUUGUUAUUUAUUUCUGGUUGAAGUAGUUUUGUUAGUAUUGUAAAACACUGGGAUGACUAUAAUGUGCUACUAUGAGCCACUCCACUGGUUCCCUCCCUACAUCUAGUGCUAGUUUCUUUGCAAAUGAAUAUAAUAUAAUGUAAAUUAUGCUGGAAUAUAGUUUACUCAGUAAUACAUUUCUUUAAAGUUACAUUAAUUGUGUGGUUUUUGUUUAGGUUCGAUUCCAACCUGCAGCCCUUUGCUGCAUAUCAUCCCUCUCUCUCCCAUUUCCUGUCAAUCUUCACUUGUACUAUCCAAUAAAGGCAUGAAAAAAAUUGAGAAAUUCUCCUCUAUUUUCAUCAGCUAGUUGUCACCUUUGUCUUUUGUUGAGUAUACUGCAUAUCAGGUUUGACUGAAAACAGCUAGAUGCUG